CGGAAGUUCUUUUUAAAGCAGCGAGUCCUGUAGGUAGAAGGGCAUCUGUCAGUGAAAAUGAUUGGCAAAAUCGUCGGUCAGAAGUAUAUAUCUAUCGCCAAGUCGUGGGUUCCUACUUUGGCCAUAUGGGGAACAACUGGAGGCGUGGCCUUGGUCUACUUCACAGACUGGCGUUUGAUCUUGGAUUAUGUUCCCUACAUCAGCGGCAAAUUUAAGAAGGAUGAGUAGAUCAGUCAGGUUGUUGCCGUUUCUUGUUUGCUCUGACGAACAUGGUGAGCAUGAACCUCUGCAGCCUGACUGUGGUCCUACUGCUGGAGAGCCCGUCAUUAUCAUCACCUCAGCCAACACUGAAAUGUUUUCAUCAACUUUCAAUGAAAUCCUUUAGCAUUUGAUGUUUUCAUUGUCUUCUGCCAGUGUAAACAAAAA